GUAGUACGGAUCUAGAAGCCCAUGAGAAAGGGUAUAUCGUUCAUUUUCCAAUAAUGGUUUAGUUGCUGUAAGACGCGUUGUUUGUUUUCGUUUGUUUUUAUUUUUGUUUUUUAUAUUUGCUGAUUUUGUUUGAUUGUUUUGUGUUGUAUCUAUGGAGGGAGAUCUGGAAAAUGGGAAAAGUUCUGAAGGCGGAAGCGCCAGUCAAGUGGGAUCCGAAGCUAGCUUCGGAUUAAGAAGAGGUAAAUGCAAAUGGUUCAAUGUAGCAAAAGGUUGGGGAUUCAUCACGCCAGAUGACGGCGGCCAAGACGUUUUCGUACAUCAAAGCGUGAUCCAGAUGAGCGGUUUCCGCUCCCUGGGAGACGAAGAAGAAGUAGAAUUCGAAUGUCAAAUAACAGACAAAGGAUUAGAAGCUACUAGAGUGACAGGACCACAAAACGGAGAUUGUCGAGGAUCCCACAGACGACCGGUAUCGAAGAAACGUUUUAGAAAAAUAAGAUGUUACAAUUGCGGCGAAUUCGCUAAUCACAUAGCCUCAAAAUGUCAACUUGGACCGCAACCUAAACGUUGCCAUAAUUGCAAAAGUGAAGAUCAUCUAAUCGCCGAUUGUCCCACGAAGGCGGAACGUCCGCCCAAAUCCGGAGGCGGCACGGAUGGCGAUACAUCGGGAGGUGAACGUAACGGAUCUACAUCACACGAUACCGGUAGCUCCAUCUCCGAAACGACCGCGAAAAACCCGUAAAGUUAACUGUAAGAAUAAUGGAAACGACGCCAUUUUUAUUCCGUUUCGUUUUGGUUGAAAAAUGGCGUUCAUAUCCUUACUGAGUUACCGUGUGUGUUCAGUUAUUUGGUGUUGUAACGCUAGGUGUCAGCACGUUACAUUUAUUUUAAUAAAAUAUUUCGUAAUUUUGAAUCAAUUAAUUUUAAGGUACGAUUUGGGAUUUGAAAAAUAUUUAUUAUAUUAAAUAAUUUUUACUACCUAUUCAUAUUUUUUCAAUUAAUAGUAGAUACGAUGCCACGUCAAUAAGGUUCAUUUUCUUUUGUUUCCAAGAUGGCUUCUUAUGCUUGAAAAACUUUUAAAUCUGCAAUCUGUGUAAGCCCGUAGAAAAAAUAUUUUUAUAUAUUCAAACAUAUGAUAAAAACACCUUUUUUGAUAUAACAAAUUAGUUAUUUGAAUAAUUUCUAACCUUAUUUACGAAAUUUAUUUCUCCAUAUGUUCAAGUUAUAUUACGAGGGCUAUUCAGAAAGUAAGCGAAUAUCACUGGUGUUUUUUAGUACAUUUCGUACUAAAAUUAAACUGCACUUUCAUAAUUUUGUAAAUGUUUAAUCACUUAACUCACUGCAAUUAAUUAAUUAUUAUUAAAUUCGAAAAUUGAAUUAGAUAAAACUCAUUUAUCGUCUAGAGUGAUUAGUUUUCAAAAAUAUUGCGAUUCCAUGAAGUGCAAUUACGUAAAAUUUCAUCAUACAAGGUGUUAUCUAGGAAAGUUCACAAUUUAUCGAAUUUACAUAUCGUGCUGUGAAAAAAAAUACAAACGAAUUCUUCGAAAGACUAAUAACAUUCGAAUAAAAAAUUUUGUAUUAAAUCAGGCUGUCCGAUUUUAGACGUUUUGGCUUAAAUUUGGGUAAACAACAGUUUUAAAUUGCUCUUAUCACCUACCCCCUGUAUUAAUAUACUUAUAUAUCAUGUAUGAACAUCCACUACACCAACACUCACAUUUACACUGCUUAAAACGCGUUUCGAUAACCAACUUGGUAUUCUGAAGAUGACAACUUGAUAAACAAAACGCGUUUUAAACAGUUUAAUUGUGAAUGUUGGUGUAGUGUAAACAGUGUGUUAGUAUGAACGUAACCAAACGGUUAUGUCAUAAUGAAUAAAUAUUGUUUUCAGUUUUCAUAACCUCAAUUUACAUCUCAUUAGUUUUCUAACUGUCCCAUAUCGAAAUUAAGUACUUAAUAAGUUUUAUUUUAUGACGUUUUUCUCUUCCGUCUAAAAUCGGAUACCUUCUAAUUUUGUAUAUUAGUAAUUUUUUGGAAAAAAAAUUAUAUUUUUUCAUAUGCCAUAUAUAGAUAUUUAUAUACGUGUAGGUUAGUUUAAGAUAUGACGUAGUACGACACCAUUGUUUUUUUCUUUUGUAAGUAACAAAUUCAAAAUUUGUAAUUUUAUAUAUAUUUAUAAUUUUGUACAAUACAGGGGGUAUAUAGAAAAAAAGCAGCUCGAACUUUUGUGAUACCCCCUGUAAUGAUAAAUUUAUUAAUUCCUGGUUAUUUUUUGAAUUAUAUGUAUAUUUUUUUAUCAAAAUUAUGAAAACAUUAUUUAUUUUUGGCGUGUUUUAUUAUCAGUUUUUAAUUUUUUAAUUUUAUUAAUAUUGCCACGUAAAAUAUAUUCAGAAUUUUAUUUCUCAUUGUUAAAAAAUUAAUUUCCUUAAAACAAUAUUACUAUAUUGUAAAAUUAACAUCAGUGCUUUGGUCAGUAGUAAAAAAAUAACCAUAACUUUAAAAAACUUGACGUGUUGUCUUAACGUAAUACAAGAUGGCGUCGGAUUAUUGACCUCGUUAGGGGAGAUAGGGGUCGAUACAAACAAAACUAUUUGCAGUUUCACUUUUGACAAAAUUUAUUUCACUUUUUUUUGUGAUUGGAUAUAGUUUCUCGAAAAAUGAUCUUAGAUAUACCACUUUCACGAGGCGUUCUGCUAAAGUUUGUAACAACGUAGGUUUUAACUGUAAUAACCACCAUAAUUUUGCAAAGAAUUUUAAUACAGACCGAAAUAGGUCGAAACGUCAAUUUUCACCUAUCUAUUUAAUCAAAAAAGACCUAAAAUCAAGUCCUUAUAUCAAGAAAAAGCUGUUAUUACGACUGAUAAAUUAAUUUACCCUAAAAAUGGCGUAAAAUGGGUUUUAAUCUAUACGGUUUACAUUUUUUCAUUCUUUACUUGUUCCAAAUUAUAGAAAAUUUCCUAUACCCUAAGAAUAUAGUCCAUACUAAACAAAAAAUCUUGCUUUUUCGAAAUUCUUCUCAAAUUUUUACCUCUAGUUUCAUCAGUUUUGAACCAGUUGUCAUUUUGACGAAUAUUGCGUUUUACUAGCCUCUUAUUUUAAUCAAAUUUCAUUCUGGAAACAAUAGCUUUAGCCUAAACACUUGUAAUUUUCAUUUCAUUCAGCCCCUUUCAUAUCAUCAAGAAUCCUGUGUAUUAUUGUAAUCUACACCGGUCUCCCCUACUAUUGCUCAAGGCGAUCAGGUGAUGAGAUAUUUUGAAUACAUUUUAUGUUGUCAAUUUUAGGAGAUAUUUUUCGUAGAGUGUUGAGUUAAUUGUAACAUUGGCGUCGACUACAGAAUAAUGAAAAAUAAGGGACACCUACGUUAAAUAAGAAAUACACCGUUUUUUUUGUUUUAAGUCAUGUUUUCGAAUUUAAAGUUAGGUUAGGAUUUACCUGAACUACCACGAGUAUCAGGGCUUAUAUAACGAUCUACCUCAAUUUUGUAAAGAUAUUAUUUUAUCACAUUAAUUAUAAGAUUUUAUUAUAGAGUGAAUAGUUUCCAUUUUCGUUUUUUUUUCGUAAAUGUACCUGAAAAGUGGACCAUUUUUGAAAGAAAUAUACAAGGUGAUCAUAUAUAGAACUACAAUUUGAAAUUUGGAUAUUACAUUAAUGGGAUAUCUAAAAUUGAUCAUUUUAAAUAGAAUCAGAUCUAGUAAAACUGUAUGGCCACCCUGUAUAUAUAAUACUUAAUAUAAUUUCCGUAAAGUAAGAAAUAGACAACAGUUUUUUAGUUAUAGUUUUUAUUUUUUAAUAUUUUCAACAAAUAUAUACUCCAUAUUUGUGGAAAAAAAUUAAGUUAAAAUUAUCACUUUUAUUAAUGUAUAUCUACCUCAUGUAACUUAUUUAUACUAUCUGAUAGACUGAUUUUUUUCAUCUCAGGAAUAUAACAAUGUCUUCGAGCCAAAUAACAAAGUUUUUAUUAUUCUAAAUAUACAUAAUAUAGGGUAGUUAAAAAA